AUGCCGUUGCUUACAGCUCUCAUACUCUUGCUACCGUUCGUGGACAUCGUGAGCGCGAAAGAUAUCUGCCCCUCGUCAAAGUUGAUGGAGCUUAUGGCUAGCCCGCACUUUACCACGUGCAUAUCGGAUUCGGGUGGCGAGCUUACUUCAAUCCUGUCCAAUCUCUCCUUGGAAGAGAUCAAGGGGUACUGCGACAGCGCAGCUUGCGCGGCAUACAUGAAGGAGCUGGAAGCAGCGGGACUCGGCGACUGCAAAAUCGUGGAGAUCAACGCUCGACUGCAGACUGACUUCAUCGAUGCGUUCGAUACAAAAUGCAGUGCUAUUCGAUCGAUGGGGUCAUCGAUCGACACCACUUCGAAUGGACUUCAAGAUGCGAGCAGCUCAAGCGCGACGAGCGGCACGAUGAAGAUUGCCGUGAGCUGCAUGGCGACGAUCAUCUUGAUGCUGUUGUUGUAG